CUUCCUCCCGUGUGUUGAUUACUCGCUCGCUGUCAUUCGUUCAGAGCGAGCCCGCCGGUGUGAUCGUGGCAGUAGUGGAGUGGAGCAGUGAGAGCUGUAUGUAAAUGAACACCUUCACCUCGGUCCUGUUGUCAGCUGAGGGUCUCGGAGGGACAAAGUGACUGUCCCGGUCACGCGCAUCGCCACGCUGACCUCGAAACGAUUCGCGUGGAGGUAGAAGCUGUGAGGAGAGGAGAGAGGCUCUCCAUAGGAGGGAGGCUCUCCAUAGGCUGUCCGCCGAUCGCCGCUGUUUUCUCUACGUUACAACACGAGGAGUGCCUCUCUGCCUGCUGACCAUGCAGAGUGUUGUGGCAGUGCUUCUGGCUCUUGCCGCUGCUGCCUUUGGGUCAGUGGACACAGACGUGCACAGGCCAAGACAGGACUCCAACCUGGAGAUCUACAAGCGGCUGUUUGAGACCAAAAGGAAAGACCAGCUGAAUGCACUGAAGAACCUAGUGGAGCUCAACGACAUCAACCAGCAGUACAAGAUUAUUGACAUCAUGCUCAAAGGACUUUUUAAGGUAUUGGAAGACUCACGACAAGUGCUCGUAGCAGCUAACAUGCAACCAGACGACCCAUUCCCCAUGGACGACAAGAUCAAAGAAGCUUACUCCCAUGUGGUAGAGAAUACAGCCUUUUUUGGUGAUGUUGCAUUGCGAUUCCCACGAAUUGUUCACCACUACUAUGACCGCAACGCUGACUGGGGAGGCCUGCUGCGAUGGGGGCUAAACUUCUGUAACCAGACAGGUGUUUUCACCGGAGGAGCCCACCAACAUGUUCUGACGCUCAUGUCACAGGAAUUGGGAAUAACAGAGAAGGCUCCAGACUUCACAAACCCGUACCGGACAGAGAGAGACGAUGUCCUCCAUACAGCUGAAGCUUUCCAGAAAAUCCUCAGAGAAGAGGAGAAGAGGAGACGGAAGGAAGAGAAGAGGAAAGAAAUUAGGAAAGGCCCCCGCAUUUCUCGCUCCCGUUCUGAGCUAUAGCCCUGCACUCUCGUACACAGAGCUAGGGGAAAACCUGGACUGGAGGAAACGCACAGUCCACAAGAGCUGGUUUGACAUGCAGACUCUAAUGACAAAGAGGGGAGCUGUCAGCGCUCACACAAAUGUCAGGUGCUCUGUUAAAAACUGACGAGAAACUCUCAUUGUGACAAAAACUGGGAAGAGGGUGCCAAGGUUAGUCAUUUGGACAAAAGCCUGCAUUGCUGAACUCCCACUAUCGUUUAUAAUUGGAAAAUCCAACUGGAGCCGCCCACAGAACAUCAAUGCAGAAGGAGCUAAUGAGGGAAACAAAUUUUUUUAUAAUGAUUACAUAAUUGUGCUUUUGAACAUGACUCAGUUUAGUAAAAUAUAUUUGAAUCCAUAUUUUUGCAAUUAGCAUUUUGUGUUUUGUGGACUGAAACAGCUAUUACUUUCUGUGCAUCUUUUAGAUUGGCUUUAGGAUGAAACUUGUUAACAGAGAAAUGUACUCAUUGGUUCAUAGGCUCAGUAGCAAUUUAUGUAUGUUUUAAGUUUUGUUUUUUUGGGGUUUUUUUUAGAUAUCCCUAGUGGUGUGUGUUUUUAAUUACUAAUUACACACAAUUUUCCAAGUUAUAGGCCUUCAUUUUGUGACUUUCACCAUUUGUUGUUUACUUAAUCCUUAAAAUAAUAUUUGAUAUUGGAAAGUAAUUAUAUUAAAGCGUAUGUAAUUAUCAUAAUAUUAUGACUGUUAUGAGAUUAUAUGUAUAGUAUAUUAUUCAAAGAAAGAGAGUUUGCUGCAAUGAACAAGCCAUCGGAUUUAUUGAAAUAAAGUAACUAUCUGAAGUCCAAGCUCAA